AUGGCUUCGGAUGGUAUGGGAUGCGAUGGUAUAGGAUGUGAUGGUAUAGGAUGCGAUGGUAUAGGAUGCGAUGACCUAUCACAUUCCUAUUUUUCUUUAUUUAAGUUAUCUACUGCUCAUUUGCGCUUUACAAAUCUGAAGUGUGAAAUGAUCGACAGCAAGUUUGGAACUUUUGAAAUGUGCCGCAUCAAAGCGGUAAAUCGAACACAUAAAUACAUAGAUAUGGACUUAAAAAUUAAUAUACUUCCUAUUAAUAAUAUAAUGCUUAAAAUAGAAUCGAAGCGGUAUGACAAUGGGUACAAUGGAUACCGCCCAUUUUUUAUGUCUAUGACUUACGAUUUUUGUAAGUACAUGAAGAAUCCAAACCAGCGAUCGAUGAUUUUUUUAAAAGAACUUCAUGCAACUUUUCUCAAUGCAUCAAACUUAAAUCAUACCUGCCCUUACAAUAAUGAUAUUUCGAUUAACAAGUUUUGGACUGGUAACCUGGAAAAGGCGUUCUUGCGAUAUCUUCCUGUACCCAACGGGGAUUAUGCCAUUUUUUCGACGUGGUAUUCUUCAAAUGUUCCUCGUGUGUUGGUCAAAGUCUAUUUUCAAAUACACAACUGAUAAAAGAAUACGGAUUUAAUUGGACAUUAAAAAUUAAACACAGCAGCACGAACAUUGCAAAAUUAUGUACAACUACAAAAUAAAUAUUGGGCAAACAUUUUAUGUUUGCUUCUAUAUGUACAUAUACUGAUAAGACGUCAAAAAAUGUUGGAUAAAUUGUCUUUUUUGCUGGUAAUGCGCCUGGUGAUUAUACUUAAAAUAACAUUUGUUUCAACCCGUAGAACAUUACAUGAGCUUAGCUUAUAAGUGAACUGUGACGGAGAGUAUGGUAAAAUUAUUUUUAUCGAUUGUUUCCAACAAAUAAGAUACAUAUGUACAAAAAAAUGAAUAAAAUAAUAUAAGUACACAAGGGGAAUUUGAUAAUUAUAUUAUUUUCAGGAAAGAAUAAUUGUACAUAUUGAUAAAAA